AUGCCUUCGAAACCACCACCAGCGUUGGGAAGUUUAGUCGUUCAAGGGCAGCCACACUUGGUUCAUGUCUCACCAUCAACAUGUCACAACCUUACCAUGUUCAAAGACCUUCUCAGAGAAUAUCGCAGACUGGAUGAUACAAUUACUAUGCGGCUGAACCGCACGAACGCACAGUUCCGUGAUCGAGAUCGUGCAGGGACAAGCGGCAAAGGUAAUAUUCAGGACCAGGCCUGCGCGUACGUAUGGAAGGAACUGGUCGAAAACUGGAAACGGCGUACGGAAAUGAUAAAUUAUUGCGUCAAUAUUGUCGAUCAGUCCAUGGAGGAGAAGCGAAAGUCACUGACAAGCGAGGAGGGCGAUGCCAGGGCUGAAAGGAGAACGCAAGCGGCCAUGUUUGCGGAUGAGGUCAAGAGAAAUCAAGUUCGCAAUGAAUUGGCAGUUGAGAAGAUCGUACGCCAACGAUCGCUUGACGCAUUUCAAUCGAGAUGUCAGUAUUUUUCGCCUCCUUUGACGGAUGCCGAGGCGCGGAAGUGGUGGGAUGCCGCGCACACCCAAGAAUCGCCAUAGGCGAUUCUGAAUGCUAGAAGCCAUCCAUGUGUCGUUUACCAAACUAUACUAGUUGCUUAUAUAAUCGUGAUGGUGAUGCCAUAGCGGAAGCAUUUUGGAACAGCCCGUUCACCAGCGUUCA